ACACGCACUAGUCAAAUAACGCCGAAAUUAAUUGCAGUGGGCUUCCUUGGGCAGAGCUUUCAGUUCUUUCGUUUCACCUUUUUAUCGCGAUCGGUAACUCAUGGAUAUCUCAGCCCGUAUUUUCAUGUGGAUUUUAAAACGUAGAUCGCGAACUUUCGUGCUGAGUCACCGCGCGCAAAGAUGACGUGUACAAGCGUUGCAUCGCGUCCUCGCUAAGGUUACGCACACACAUGAGUGUAACAGUAAUAAUUUUGUGGAAAUUCAAGAAAAUGGCAUGUCCAGUUUGUCCGGCUAAGAAUAUAUAUGGAACUUUUGCUCACAUAAAUGAUAUAAUCGAAUAGUUCAUGUCGGCAUAUACAUGUAUGAGUAAUGGUGACGUAGGGAUUUCUCCUAUAUUAUGGGGAUUAGGUUAAGCUUUCCGUUGAAAAAGCCACCAAUAUGUUAUUACGACCGCGUCGAAUAUAUUGCAACCGGAAAGCAGAAAACCGAGGAAGGAGAGGCACCAAAUACACGUAGUCCGUUACAGGAGACAUCGGAGCAAUUUUUUGCAAGCUUCCACUUGGCGCGCCGGCGGAUGUUAAAAGCUGGGCGAAAGUUUGAAGAUAUCCCUACCGAGGUGCUUUUGCACCGGUUUCCCCAGUGGGACGAAGAGGAUAUUUGGGAACUUAAAGCGGAAUUCCAGACGUUUGACUUCAAUCAGGAUGGCAUUCUAGAUUUCAACGAGCUUACAGAACUACUUGAUACCAUGGGAGACGAUUCUUCCGAGGGAUUACGUUUACUUGGUCUGAGAGCAAUAAAUUUCAAAGAUUCACAGGGAAUCGACUUUGAACAAUUUCUUCAGUAUGUGUACAACAUCAUAAAGAAAACAGAAAAUACUCAGCUUCAAGUUAUGCAAGUACAAAGCAAAGAGAAAAACAGAACUUUGCAGAAGCUGCAUUUCUUCCAGCAAGUGGACUAUGGGCUUUUAUGAAGAGAUCAGAUUUGAAUGUACUAAAGGGCUAUUGUGCCAUUUUUUCAUUUACUGAUAUAUUAUCUAAAGGGCUAUUGUGCCAUUUUUUCAUUUACUGAUAUAUUUUCUAUAAUAAUUUUUAUUAUCUAUUCCUACGUAUUUACGUGAAAAAGAAAAGUAUGCCAGUUAAGUUGAAAAUGAAGAAAAAAAUUUAUUAUUAAAAGAUGACAAUAGCAACUCACAACUGAUGAAUUUUUUAGCAAACAGUAAAUAUUUUUGCUCUUCAUCAUUCCACAUAAAGACAUCUGAGUUUUCUGAAAUCCUGAAAACUACUUCAUGAGUGUAACAAUUGAUAUUAUGUGUGUGAAUCAAGUGAGAGGGAAUGUACAGUGCUUUAGUAAAAAUAUUCUCACUCCUGAAUGACAUCAUUUUACAUAAAGGUACUGAUGAUAAAUAAAUAUGAAAUUUUUUCA